CCAGUACCAUCUUAAACUUCCAUCGACAUACCACUUACACAACUUGCGACUGUCAACAUAGGGCAUUUCCUAGGCCCGAGCCUACAUUGGAGGGUAAAUAAGAGUUCAGGAGCUUACAGGCUUUCACUACAGUCACUACCGCCAGCUUCUCUCUGCGCUGUGACGUACUUGAUAUCCGUCAUACAUCCACCGAGGCUGUAGCCUCAACCACAACACAUCAUGGAGCAGACGAAGGCUCUUAACGCGCUGGAGCCAUUCAUCGCUCUCUCCAAAUCAGCUACAUCUCCCCGCGCAGCUGCCGAUCUCGUCACCAGAGCUACAUCAGCACCAAACACAUUCCUCUUUAGCGACCUCCUCCAAACACCCGCCAUCCAGAACCUCGCCGAUUCAGAGUUCGCUUCUCACCUCACACUUCUCCAGAUCUUCUCCUAUGGUACAUACUCAUCAUACAAAACGACAGAAGGCUUACCAGCGCUCGCCGAAGUACAGGCAACGAAGCUACGGCAGCUAUCGCUUCUUUCACUGGUACGAGACCGACAGAAUCUCUCCUAUGCUGCGCUACAGGAUGCCCUGGAUCUACCUGGAGCACGUGAAGUCGAGACAUUGGUGAUUUCAGCGGUCUACGCUGGUCUUCUCCACGCCACGCUUGACCCAGCUCGUGCAGUCGUGCAGGUCUCUAGUGUUGCGCCUCUACGUGAUCUCGCCCCCGGAGCUAUACCUGACAUGGCCGCUGCCCUGAAGACAUGGUCUGACCGCUGCACCACCACCCUCGACGCCCUCGAUCUUCAGAUCAAGGAGAUCCGAACAAUAGCCGCAGCUCGACAGCGUGAGCAGCGCUUGGCGGAUGAGAAGUUACAGCAGUUGAUGAACGAACAACAAGAGGGAAUUGGACCACGCAAGUACGAUCUGCCAAACAUGACACGGGAUCCGGUGGGUAGACGGGGGUUUAACAAGCGGUCGGUUAUGGAUACAGGUAACUUGGUGGACAGCGACAGUAUGGAUGUCGACGAGGCUGAAGAGGAGAAGAAACGAGCAAACAAGCGCAAGCUGUAAAGAUACUAUUCCUCUUUCGAGCCACGAGAACCAAGAGUCAAGCUCACAAAACAUGUAUCACGAAGAAUCAUGACAUAAUAGACGAUACGACG